GGAAGCAGCCAGAGCCCUGCACUGGGGUGUGUGUCGUGCUUUGCGGGGAACGUCCUGCUCGCUGGGGUGGCCGAUGGAGUUACCAAAAGGUGCGCUGGCUGGUAGAUCACAGGAGCAGGAUUUUAAGCUCCCCACUUUGUCCAAGGAGGAUCUUGAAGAGCUACAGGCCGCCAUCGACAGAGGAGAUCUUUCAGCAGCAGCUUCCAAAGUUCAGGAAUCCCUGGAGCUAUUGACAAAUGCCAGCCUCGACAUCGCCAUCAUGGGGGAGGUGGGCGCUGGGAAAUCAUCCUUCAUCAAUGCCAUCCGGGGUUUGGAAGAUGAUGAUGAAGGUGCAGCCAUGGUUGGCAUGGUGGAAACGACAAUGGAGUCAACUGCAUAUUCUCAUCCUAAACUCCCCAAUGUGAGGAUGUGGGACCUACCAGGAAUCGGGAUUUCAAGAUUCCGGCCUGACACCUACCUCCGGCUGGUCAACUUUGCCCACUAUGAUUUCUUCAUCAUCCUUGUUUCACACAGGUUCAGAUCCACGCACGCUGACCUGGUCCGGGAGAUCCAGAGAAUGGGGAAAAAGUUCUACUUUGUGUAUUCCAAGGUGGACAUGGACUUGUGUAACGAGAGAAGGAAAAGUAACUUCAGCCAGGAGGGUGUCCUGCAGAGAAUCCGAAGUCAUUGCAUCGAGUCCCUGCAGAGACAAGGAGUGAGCUCCCCACAGGCUUUCCUCAUCUCCAGAUGGGAGUUUGACAAGUACGAUGGUCCCCGACUGCAAGAAGCUCUGGCAGAUGAAGUCGAUGCUCACAAGAGGCAUGUUUUCCUUCUUGCCCUACCCAGCAUUUUCAGACCUAUCUUCGAAAGGAAGAGGAAAGCCCUGCAGGGACAGGUCAGGGUACAAGCCCGCACCAUCUCCGCCAGUCUUAGCCCGGGUCUCUCCAUUGCUUGUGACUUUCCCCAGUUGAUGGGAUACAUGGCAAGUUACUGCAAGAGCUUUGGCUUGGAUGAUGACUCCCUGGUUAACCUUGCCCAGCAGGUUGGGAAGCCUGUCGUGGACUUGAGAACUGUGAUAAGGUCUCCCCUAGGCAAAGAAUUAUCUAGUCAUUUUACCCUGAAUCUGCUGGCCAAGGCUAGAGCUGAUUGUAUGACAAGAACUGGGCGUAUCCUCAGUGCGAUACCAUUGAUCGGUGGUUUGGUGGAGGCACAGGUGGCUUUUUCGGUCACAUGCACCGUCCUACAGCGCUUUCUGGAUAAUGUGGCUGAAGAUGCCCAAAGGGUCCUGAUCAAGGCAUUGGAAGUGGAAGAGAAAAAGGAGAUGGAUGCUACUGGAGAAACUUCAUCUGGUAUAUUUCAAGAUCUGGACAUUAAACUCCCUAGUAUGUCAGAGGAGGAAUUCAAAGAGCUAAAGGCCGCGGUUCAAAUAGGGAGCCUUUCAGAAGUAGUUUCCAAACUGGAGCAAUCAAAAAACACUAAGCUCAAUAUCGCCAUCACGGGAGAGUCAGGAUGUGGGAAAUCAUCCUUCAUCAAUGCCAUGCUGGGUCUGGAUGAUGAUGACAAAGAUGCAGCCAAGGUUGACGUGGCGAAAACAACAAUGGAGCCAACUCCUUAUCCUCACCCUAAACAUCCAAACAUUACCAUGUGGGAACUUCCGGGAAUUGGGACGCCGAGUUUCCGGCCUGACAGCUACCUCCAGCAGGUCAAUUUUGCCUGCUAUGAUUUCUUCAUUAUCAUCGCUUCGGAGCGGUUCAAAUCCACCCAUGCUGACCUGGCCCAGGAGAUCCACAGGGUGGAGAAGAAGUUCUUCUUUGUGCGCUCCAAGGUGGACGCAGACUUGCAAAAUGAAAAAAGGAAGAAAAGCUUUAGUGAGGGGAGGAUUUUGCAGAAAAUCAGAGACGAUUGUGUGACGAGGUUGCAGGGAGAAGGGGUGAGCUCCCCGCAGGUUUUUCUUGUCUCCAGAUGGGAGUUUGGCAAGUACGAUUCUCCACAACUACAGGAAACUCUGGCAGAUGACCUCGGCUUGUUCAAGAGACAUGUUUUCCUUCUUUCCCUGCCCAGCAUUUCCAGACCCAUCCUGGAAAGGAAGAAGAAAGCCCUGCAGGGAGAGGUCUGGAAACAAGCCCUGGUGUCCUGCACCAUCUCUGCCAUUCCUAUCCCAGGUCUCCCUGUUGUUUGUGACAUUCCCCGGUUGAUGGGCUUCAUGGCAAGUUACCGCGAGGCUUUUGACUUGGAUGACGACUCCCUGGUUUACCUUGCCAAGAUGACUGGGAAGCCUGUCGUAGACUUGAAAGCCGUGGUAAGGUCCCCUCUAACUGAAGAAAUAUCAAACGAGAUGACGUUGAAUCUGCUGGCCAAGGCUAAAGCUGAUUGCAUGACAAGAACAGAACGUAUCCUCAGUGGGUUACGAUUGAUUGGUACAUCUGUCGAGGCAGAGUUGUCUUUUUGGGUCACCUACAUUGUCCUGCGGCGCUUUCUAGAUGACAUCGCUGAAGAUGCCCAAACAGUCCUGACCAAGGCAUUGGACGAAGAAGAGAUAGUGGAGAUGGCGUCUACAGAAGAGGCAUCGAGGAGCCUAUUUCAAGAUCUGGAUGUUAAAGUCCCUGGUAUGUCCGAGAAGGAUGUUGAAGAGCUAAAGGCUGCCAUUGAAACAGGGAACCUUUCGGAAGCAGCUCAAAAAGCACAGGAGGCCCUGGAGCUGUCAAAAAACACCAAGCUCAACAUCGCCAUCACGGGAGAGUCGGGAUCUGGGAAAUCGUCCUUCAUCAACGCCAUGCUGGGAUUAACCGACGAUGAUGAAGGAGCGGCCGAGGUUGGCAUCAUAGAAACGACAACAGAGCCAAUCGCUUAUCUGCAUCCCACACUCCCCAAUGUGAAGAUGUGGGACUUGCCUGGGAUCGGGACACCAAGCUUCCGGCCUGACACCUACCUUCAACAGGUCAGCUUUGCCCGCUAUGACUUCUUCAUCAUUGUCACUUCGAAGCGCUUCAGAUCCUGUAACGCAGACCUGGCCCAGGAGAUCCAGAAGAUGGGGAAGAAGUUCUACUUUGUGCGCUCCAAAGUGGACGAGGACUUGAGAAACGAAAGUAGAAAAAGAAACUACGACCAGGAGACCACCUUGCAGACAAUCCGAGACGACUGUGUGGAGAAGCUGAGGAGGGAAGGAGUAAAUUCCCCACAGGUUUUCCUCAUUUCCAGGUGGGAAUUCGACCAGUACGAUUCUCCUCAACUGCAGGAAACUCUGGCCAACGAAUUGGACUCUCACAAGAGACACGUUUUCCUCUUGGCGCUUCCCAACAUCUCAAGGCCAAUCCUGGAUAAGAAAAAAGAAGCCCUGAAGAACCAGAUCUGGAAACGAGCCCUGAAGUCGUGCGCUAUUGCGGCUGUUCCCAUCCCCCACCUCUCUGUCUCAUGUGACGUUGACAUCCUGGUGGAAUCCAUGACCGAGUACUGCAAAGUCUUCGGUUUGGAUGAAGAAUCCCUCAUUAAAUUGUCCAAACAGGCCGGGAAACCCGUGUCUCAGUUGAAGGAUGUGAUCAAGACCCCAUUGGCCAAGGAAAUAUCAAGAGAAGAUGCUUUGGAGCUGCUGAGCAAGGUUUCAGGUAGUGCAAUGACUCAAUAUUACAAUAUUACAAAAUUCAGUCAAUAUUUCCACUGCUUCGUCAAAUCGUCUAAGCUUACUGAUCUUGCCUGGGAGCAAGGGGACAAGGAGAUGGGUGAAACCAUGAUAGAAGUUAAAAAGUACAUAAGUCUCCUACCAGUGUGUGGAACCCUCCUAGCUGCAGAGAUCUCGUUUCUAGUCACAGACUACGCCCUGCAUUUCUUUCUGGAUGGCGUUGCUGAGGAUGCUCACCGGGUGCUCACCCAGGCUCUGGAGGUGGCAGAGAAAAAGUCCGUUUAGUGGCACCGGGGAGGAUGGUCUUGCAGUCAGAGUGUUGGAGUGUGACUCAGGAGACCUGCCUCCACCACAGCCCGCCUGUGUGACCUUCAUCACAUCUAGUCAUCUCUGUGCCUUAGUUUCCUCUGCCUAUAACAUGGAGAGAAUCAUCCUUUGUCUACUUUGUAAGCUCAUUGGAGGCAGAAACUGUGUCUUCCUGUGGCGCAAAGGGGCCCUGAUCUGGGUCGGGGUUGUAGAGAUCUAUUUAUUGAAGAUUAUAAUUUAGAGACGCUCCCACAUAAUGAAAUGUAUUACGAAUGCAGGAAUUUAGUGAUGCACCCUGGAAGCUGGGUUGAGAACCCAGGACAGCUGUGCACAGCAGUUCAGAAACAAACUAGAAGCUUUAUUAAAGUUGUAUUCCUGUGUGUCACAGACGCACGGGACUCGUGCCUUCUCGGCUCUGUACGGUCCCUGGGGGGACCCCCCUUCAGUGUGACAGCCCUGCUCGGGGGUCCGCUCUCGGGGAUUAAGCCCUGGCCUCCAGCACCUCCUGGAACCCCACCUCUUUGAGCCUUAGCACGCCUGGUUCUGCCGUGGGCCCCUCAGGGAGUCCCCUCGCUCUGGACCCCCGGGGCCUCCACACCCAGAGGGAAUAAUGCCCCCCUGCUCUCUAGCCCGGAGCGACUCUCAGCCAGUGUAACACAGGAGGGUUUAUUGAUCAUCUGAGCUCAGCACAGGGAACUCUCAGGGCCACAGGCCUGGCCUCCCUCAGCACAGUACAUCUAGAUCUGUCCUGCCUCCAGCUGGCUCCGGCUGCUCUCUCCUCCUAGCCCAGAAAACCUCCUCCUUCCAGCUGGGCAUCCGAUAUCACCGUCCCCCAAGUCCCGUCUCUGUCCUUUUUCUUCUGUCCCAGGUAAACAGGCCUCCUGGGUCUCCUCUCCUUCCAGCCUCUCCUCUCAUCCGUCCUUUGUUCCCUUCUGGCUGGAACCGGCUGGUCAGGUCACCGGGGUCCUCUCCCCGCAGCCCAUUGUCCUCCCACUGGCCAGAACCAGCUGUGACUAUAGAGCAAUUAGAGGGCUUUUCCUUCACCCUCCCACUUCUCUGGUUCUUGUCACGCAGGCAGCAGGCAGCAAACGACCAGCAGUCCACAGUGCAGACAAUGCGAUGUUCAUUGGAGUUAAUGUCCAGCAAGCGUGAUUCCAAUUUCCCUUCCCCCCACUUCCUGUUUGACCCCAGUUUAUAGAGUAAUAUUCUCAGCUACACCUUAACCGAUCAUUUUACUGACAUUUAACUAACCAAUCCUAACAUCCUGUAACAUAAUUCUGUAACCUAUUGUAUCCCAUUACCCUGAUUAACUUACACCCAGCAAGAUUAAUUAUACAGCAGCCAGAAACCAUUAGAGAACCAGGCAGAUUAACAUGAAGAUAAAACAGACAGAAAUGAGGGUUUCACAACCACAACCACUGAGAAGUGAUUUCUUGCCACACAGGAUGCUAUCAAACUAAGGCCUUGUUUACGUUGCCACGUUACAACUUUCUUGCUCACGGGGGUGAAAAAACACCCCCCUGAGCGCAGCAAGUUUCAGCCCGUGUAGACAGGGCCUCAGUGCUGGGAGCUACAGGGGGUGGGUUUUUUACAGUGCCGGGAGAGCUGUCUCCCAGGCCUGGUGCCGCGACUACACAAGCCAGGUUGCUAGUGAAGACUAGCCCUAAGUUUUCUUCAACCAUGUUAAGAUCUGUUUCUUUAUCUGGUGGUGAUGGGCACUAUCAGGACAGGAUCCUCUUCCUAACAGCCGGUGAUAAAUGAAGGGGGUGGGGGUAGCUCCCUUUUGUGGACACCCAGCCAGCCAGUAGCUAUAAAAUCCCUUUUAGUAGCUGUUCUCUACUUGCUGUACCUGUAAAGGGUUAAAAAGCCUCACUGCUACACAUAGGCAAAAGGAAGGGAGGGGGCACCUGGCCAGAAGAGCCAAUGGAAAGGUUCGAACUUUUUAAAAUUGAAAAAAGACUCCCCCCCCCCCUUUUGUCUGUCUGUUGUUGUUCUCCGGGGAGAGGCGGACAGGGCAGAGCGAUGCUGUAAGAAGCUUGGGCCAGAUAUGAAAAAUCAUCAGCAUCAUACCUAGAAACUGCUCAUUUGUAACCCCAGAUUUCCAAGUAGAUCAGGGAAUGUCUAGGAAGGCACAAUUAGAUUUAUCCCUUUUAUUUCUUAAUGGCUUGAGGAUUCCUCUGUGCUAACCCCAGGUGCUUUUCUUUUGCUUGUAACCUUUCAGCUGAACCUGAAGAAAGCUAU